AUGAUGGAUGAUUUUUUUAAGUCGUCAAAGAACAAUGGCAAUGAUAAUAACAAUGGUGGAGGUGGCAGUGGUGCUAGUGAUAAUAGUUAUUUUAAAAAAAGAAAGGAAGAACCGGAUUUUAAUUGGCUCAUUAUGUAUGAAUGGCUUGAAAUCAAAAAAAUACAUGGAAAGUUUGUAAUGUUUUGCAAACUAUGUUGUGCCUCUAAUAGAAAAAACGUUUUUACAAGCGGCUGUGAAAUGUUAAAAAAAAACUAUCUUGAUAGGCACACAAAUAUUGGAGACCAUAAAUUCGUUGUGGAGUUAUUUAAAAACCAAAAAAAAAUAACUGACAUGUUUUUACCAUCAUUGCCACAACAAUUGAAUAAUAAUGAUGCUCAUAUUCAAGUACCACAAUCAAAUAAUGAAUCAAAUAAUGAUAAUUAUAAUAAUAUUGCUCCUACUUCGUUACCAUCACCAACACCACCAUUAAACAACAACAAUGAUGAUUAUAAUAAUAACAAUGUUCAAAUAUUAUCACGAUCACCAGAUUUAAAUAUUAAUGUUCCACAAUUAAAUAAUUAUUAUAAUAAUUAUAAUUACAACACACAAGUACCACAAUCAAAUAAUAAUAUUAUUACUUCGUUACCAACACCACCAACACAAUUAAAAAACAAUAAUAAUAGUAUUACUUCUUCAAACAACGUUGUUCAAUCAACUAAUAAUAAUUAUAAUAAUUAUAAUUACAACAUGCAAGUACUGCAAAAAAAUAAUAAUAUUAUUACCUCUUCCUCUACUUCGUCACCAACACCACCAACACAAUUAAAAAACAAUAAUAGUAUUACUUCUUCAAAUGAU